AAAUAUACGGAGUACUCCGUACCACAAGUCCACAACCUCUACGUUCUACUCGGACGUUCUAAAACCUCUCUCUCCAUUUUUGUGACGCAAGGAGCUCGAGAAGCUCAAAAAUGGCGGCAGUUGCCAUGAAAAUCGGCGGAAGUAUUUUUGGAGACUGUAAUUCUACUGAACCUCUUUCACUCUCCUUCCGCCGUUCUCAUUCUCCGUUCCGCUGCAGAAACGUCUCCUUCCGGCAACUUGAACCCCGUCCUUUCCGCUUCGAAGCUAGAGCUGUCAAGCGAAGCCCUAAGCGUCUCAAAUACGCCACUCCUCGCUUCUCCAAGGAUGGUGGUCUGCUCUAUGUGGAAGUUGAUCCAUCAGGAACUGACAAUUGGAAGUUGGAACCUGUUAUUGAGCAAUUGAAGGAAGGAGCAGUUGGUGUCAUUCCCACUGACACAGUGUAUGCGAUUGUCUGUGAUAUGAAUAGUCAGUCAGCCCUUGAGCGUCUUAGGAGGAUUAAAAAUAUUGAAACUACCAAGCCACUCAGCAUUUUAUGUCGCUCAUUCCAUGAUAUUGAUGUGUAUACAAUGGGCUUCCACCGUGGUGAUAGCUUAGGUCAUCCAAACAUUUUUCGAGCUGUGAAGCAAUGCCUGCCUGGACCUUACACUUUCAUCUUAACUGCAAGCAAAAAUUUGCCGAAGCAAUGUAUCAAUUAUGGGCCGGGUAAUGCAAAAUCUACACCAAAGAAGAGCAUUGGUAUUCGUAUGCCUGCUGAUCCUGUAACUAAGGCAAUUCUUGAGAAAAAUGAUUCCCCUUUAAUAUCUACCAGUGUUAAGGCACCAACAGAAGAUCAGUGGAUUUUGGAUCCUGUUGUGAUUGCGGAUGUGUAUGGGAAAGAGGGCCUUGACUUUAUUGUUGAUGCUGGUAUUAGAAUAGCUGAGCCAUCUACUGUGGUUGACAUGACUGGCAGUGUUCCAAAAAUCAUCCGCUUGGGGAAGGGACUGCAGCAACCUUGGAUGGUGUCUGAAGAUGAGGAAGUCCUUGGAGGCUCGCUAAGGCCUACUGCCACUUGAAGCUUCUGAAUUGAUUCUCACAACUUUGUACAGAUUCAAGAGUUCUCAACUGUUCUUUUGUGUAAAUAACAUGUUUGCCUUGCCCAUGGUUCUAUUGAUAAUACAAUUGGGCAGGGGAUAAAUCCCAUCAGCUGAAUAUAUUUUUGUACAUGGCAUUUACUUCACCCAGAUUCUUGUGAAUAUACAAGGAAUUUUCCUAGGCAGGAAAUUAAUGAAAUUGGAUGAUUAGGAAAAUAUAGUAUAUCCUCCA